AUGUCUUCUGAUCAUAUAGUAGGAGCUUCGAAGACGAAGCAUAAGUGGAGCGCGAGCGGAAACCAGAGCCAGAGCCGAUCCAAGCCAAUGGUGGUCAAUAGACAAGAGCGUUCGGUUCCUCUCGUGUAUCCGCCUAACUCGUUCGCCUCGGAGGACGGCCGUAAUAUGUUGAGGGUAAGUCUGAGCUCGAUUUCGAAGCUUGAGGUUAGGAACUUGAAGCGGAAACUUACGGCUGAGCUAGAUGAGGUCAGGAGCUUGAUCAGGCGGUUCGACCCCGAAGGUAACAUCGGUGGCCCCAUGGCUAAAACCGGUGCCGUAGGGAGGAACAAGAAGCUGAAAACAGGGAAUGGAGUUAAGAAGGGUGGUGCGCAUGGAGCUGAUAAAGCUACGGUUCAGAUUUUCAAGAACUGCAACAAUCUGCUUACGAAGUUGAUGAAGCAUAAGGAUGGGUAUAUAUUCAACGCGCCAGUGGAUGCGAAGGGACUUGGCUUGCACGAUUAUCACACCAUUGUUAAAGAGCCUAUGGAUUUGGGUACAGUCAAGGCUAAGCUGGGGAAAAGUUUGUAUAAGUCACCGUUGGAUUUCGCUGAAGAUGUGAGACUUACUUUUAACAAUGCCAUCUUGUAUAAUCCAAUUGGGCAUGGUGUGCAUAAUAUGGCUAAGCUUCUGUUGAGCAUCUUUGAAGAGAAGUGGGUCUCCAUUGAAGUGCAGUAUGAUAAUCUUCACAGGAAGUUGAAACCAACUCGUGAUAUCGACUUCCCUCGUCCUGCUUCGACAUUUGCUCCUGUCGUAGAGCCAUUACCAGCUGCUCCUACACCUUCCCCGUCUCCUCCUCCUCCUCCCGCUUCUCACCCUCCGGUGCUUGAAAACAGGAGUUUUGAGAGAGCAGAAUCCAUGACAACACCAGUGGAGCCUGAAGCUGUCACUACUGCCCCCGAGAAGCCUGAAGAAGAAGAGGAAGAAGCGCCUGUUGAUACUACUAGGGACCUGACGAGGGAUGAGAAACGGAGACUCAGUGAAGAGCUUCAGGACUUGCCUUAUGACAAACUAGAGACAGUUGUUCAGAUUAUAAAGAAGAGGAAUCCAGAGCUCUCUCAGCAAGAUGAUGAGAUCGAGCUGGAUAUUGAUACUGUUGACAUGGAAACGCUUUGGGAGCUUUAUAGAUUUGUGACUGGGUAUAAGGAGAGUAUGAGCAAGAAAAAGGAAGAUCAGGGAUUUGGUUCAGAAAGAGAUGCUGAAUCUGUUCACAAUAUAAUCCAAGAACCGACUACUCUAGCAACUGGCACCGAAACGUCGAGAGUUAAUGAAUCGGGAAAAGCAAUUCGCACGUCAUCUCCUGUGCGGCAAGAAAACAACGCAAGUGGAUCAAGUAGUUCUAACAGCUCUAGUAGUGACUCAGGAUCUUCCUCUAGUGAUUCUAACAGUGACAGCUCCUCAGGACGUGGAUCAGAUACUGGUAAUUAG